CCAGUGAAGGCUCUGCCAAGACGUAGUGCAGUGCAAAGUGCCGUGCAGACCCGUGUAACCUGACCAGCCAGCCAGCCUAUGAGACUGAACCUUUCAACCAGCACCAGCACCAGCAGCACAAGCAGCAACAGCAGCAAAAGGCCUUCCAUCUGGCCAUGAUGAUUAGUGUAAUGGUGACGAAGCCUCAACAGUGGUAGUGUGUGUUUGCAUGCGUACUACAUUCAGUGAUGUGUUAUGUACCGUAGUAUAGUGCCAGGUGUAAAACUACGCUCAGUGACAUGCUGGAGCAGCAUGUACCAUGGUGGUGGCUUGCAGUGGCCGCCAUUAACAGUGACUUUAGUGUCAGCGCUUGGUCCAGGAUAGAAGCCUGGCCAGCACAUCGUACUAGUGCCGUACUGGAUACGUAAACGACAUCUAUAUUUACCCUGCCACCACUCCCUGUUUGCAGGUGAGCUACGGUUUGUGAAGGUGUGCUGAAAAGUGAGGUUAAGGCAACAUAAGCCAGCAACAGCAAGCAACAUCGAGGUGGAGUAGGCGACGAAACGUCAGUGAAACGCCAACAAACAUCGAAAACGAACAUCGUAAUAGGCGUAUGUCGCAAGGAGUAGUCCCGCCUUCACUUGGUUGUACUUUCAUUUCGUAACGUAAGUGCGAACGUAAGUGUGCGCCUUCCGCGUAUGUGCAUGUGUGUACGUGGACCGUGAAAAUGCAUUCCGGUGGACGGACGGUGGAGGACAGCUUCGAACAGCCUCUACCAGCAACGGCUCGACGUACGACGAGUACAAAGCCUAGGGCUAAGCAGCAGCAACGACGAGUAACAACCGGAGAAGACGGUCAACUACCACCACUACAACAACAACUGCUACCACUACUACUGGCGUCGUCGUCACACCAAUACACACGCCGCUUGCGCUCGGAUGCUGCAAGAAGCGCAGCAGCCCCAAACGCAAGGUCGCCGACUGCUGCUUCUGUUGAUGGGCGGCUGGCAGCUCUUGUGCUACUACGAUAAGGACGAAACACAGAGAGUGAGAGCGAGAGAGAGCGGGCGCGCGCUCGUGAAAGCUCCAACUGGUCCUGGUCUGCAGCGAAAGAAGCGGAAAGCUCUCACCGGCGCGAGUUGAUGUGAGUGCGUGAUGGUGAUAGUGCGUGCUAGGCGUUGUUUAUCAAGGCGAUAGGCCAACUGGAUCAGCACCACACCGCCGCCAGGUACAGCUAGUGAAUGAUAGAGAAGGGUGCCAGGUGGAACAAGACGUCCACCAAAAAACAGACAGUGACAAUGAAAGUGACAAAAAACUGUUGCACGACCACGAUGUGUGAGAUGGCCGGGAAGGGAAGGAGGAGUAGUAGACUGAGUGUUCGGCGAAGAUCCUCUCUUGUGAUGGUGGCGGUGGCAUUGCUGCAUCUGCUCGAACAACCACCGGAAGUGGCCGGUCAGCGACCACUCGGUAACAGUACGUACGGUGCACCGCUCAACUCGACCGGCGUCAUCAACGCCGUCCAUCCGGUGCUGACGACGAGCACUACGUCAACGACGGAACAACCGCCGGUACGGACAGCUUCACCGGCGUUCGUGCCCGGUCAGCAUGAGGAGGAUUCGUUCGAUGAGUACGACAGUGUGGACAUGGAAGAUCAUGAUCAGCUGGAAGAGCUCGAUCACGAUCACGAUGAUGAGCUGCAUCGCCAUCCGCUUUAUCACCAUCAUUAUCAUCACCAUCAACAGCAACCGUCGUAUCCGGGUGCAGUGAUGCCUGGCCACGGUGAGCAACAGAACUCUGGCGCUGCCCGCAGUGGUGGCAAUGAGGCUGGUUCGAUCGGAUCACGCCAAGCGAGCAAUCGGCUCAUUAAUCCGUACUUCCCAACACCGGCCUCACCACCGGGCAGCUCGAAAACGACGGAUACGCAACCGGGCAAUGCACACCGUGGUUGGUUCGAUCCGGCCCUGCCACACCAGGGUGGUGUCGGUGCGAGAACGCAGUUCGAACAGCAACCGAACCGAGGGCGCUUCGCAGCACCAGCCCACCUCGUACCCGGUGAUCCGCUGUAUCCGGCGUUGGCACAAGGUGUCGCAAAAACGACGGAACCUCAGUCCCAGGGAGGAUUCAGUGUGGUUCGGCAACGGGGGCGCAAAAAGACGUCGCUGAAUCAAAUCGCUGCCGAGUUGCACAAGAAAAAGACGCAAACCAACAUGAAUGGACUGGAUUCGGGUAUUGGUGAGUCGAUGUCGUUCGGAUCCGCACAAGAGACGACCGGAAGACGCAAGCAGACCGUCGGUGGUGGUGUGCCAGGGAGUGGCAGGCAGACCAGUCUAUCGGGGAAGCUGAAUAGUCGUGGGUUAAGUAAUGGUGUUCUGAAGCAAGCACCAGGAACUAUCGGUCCGGUGAGUUCCAACGUCAACAAUGAUGAUCCGCUGAAUGCGCUGCGGAAGAUCAACAAGGAUGCAAAAAAUCGCUACACGGGCACGAUACCGGAACAGCACUCCGACGUGACCGAGAUACUCGGUAUGUGGUGCAACUUCGAGACGGAGUGUGCCUGGACGUGGGACGAAAGCGACCCCAACGGAUUCCAGGUGGUGACCGGUGCGAAUCUAACCGAAUCGAACCACACCGGCCUGAUGCCUGGGCCAACUUCCGACACUCUGUCCAGCACCACCAGUCAUUUCCUCCAUCUUCGCCUAACACCAGACAGCCAACCACACAUCCUGACCUCACCGAUCUUUGGAGCGACACGCGAAAACUGCUACCUAUCGGUGCUAACCCACCAGAGUGCCAUGCACUACGGCAGCAUCCGGAUCGUAAUCGAAACGACCGGCAAUGGGCAGGAAUCGAGCUGGGUACCGGCCGAGAUAAUGGGCAACGAUCUGCGCAAGUGGCAGAUGAACGAUUUCCGGAUCGAUCGCAUCUCGAAGGACUUCCGGGUGCUGUUCGAGGUCGUGCCGAACAAGCUCGGUGGGCAACCGCGCGGUCACGUCAGCAUCGAUAACCUGAAGAUGGUCAACUGUUUCCCGGACUCGGUCAGCGCGAGCAAUUGCAGCUACUCGCAGGUUCAGUGUAUGGCAAACCGGGCACCGGUUUGCAUUAAAACACCGAAAAUCUGCGACAUCACGGUGGACUGUGAUGAGAGUGAGGAUGAGGCGAUGAAUUGUGACAAAAUACCCUUCGGUGGACGGUGUGACUUUGAGACGGGUUGGUGUGGUUGGCAGAAUUAUGGCAACGUGAUACUGUCCUGGGCUCGGCACUCGGGUCCAACACCGACGGAAAAAACGGGCCCCGAUAUGGACCAUACGCACGAUAAUGAGAACGUUACCGGGUACUACAUGUUCGUCAACAUGAACCAGCAUGCGAACGAUAGUGAGAAGAAAUCGCUGGUUGGACUGGCCAGCAAUGCUAUCAUGAACAGUGUCGUCUUCAAUCCACCGCCGAUGGUGCACACGAACGCUAGCUCACCGUAUCGCAACUCCUGUGUGGUCCGCUUCUACGUCCAUCAGUAUGGCAUGAACGCGGGCAGCAUCAAUCUAUCGAGCGUCGAGAUCCGAGAGAAAGAGAACUUCACGACGACGCUCUGGUGGAGCUCGAAAAAUCUCGGUGAAGACUGGGUCCGUAUCGAGGUGGUACUUCCGAACAUCACCACCAAGUACUAUCUGCAGUUCGAGGCACGGAUGGGCAUGCGGAUCUUCUCCGACGUGGCCAUCGAUGACUUUUCGCUCAGUCCCGAGUGCUUCGGGUUAAACAUUCCGGCCGAACAUCUACAGGGUUACAACUACUGGGACCCGCGUAUCGGUGGCGUUAAGCAACCGCACAAAGAUUUUGUCGGCAAAUCAUAUCUGGAACUCAACACUUGUGGCGCCAAGGGCCAACAAGGGCCAACUCCUACGGAUUGUCUGGGAUCGUAUAACAAUACGGAAGCGUUCAGUGCCGUGCACGUGAUCGAUAGUCACCCGUUCAAGGGAAUUCAAGCGUGGAAGGUCCCAAACGAAGGAUACUACACCAUCAUUGCCAAAGGGGCUGGCGGAGGGCUUGGAUCCGGUGGUGUAGGUUCAUCCCGUGGCGCCAUGGUACUGAGUGUGCUGGAGCUACACAAAGACGAAGAGAUCUACAUUCUGGUGGGGCAGAGUGGCGAACAUGCGUGCAUCAAAUCGAUGGGCUAUCGAGAUGAAUCGUGCGAACUGCGCAACAAGCAACUCAACGCGGACACCACGUGGAUGCACUCGAAAACGCAGCAGGUCAAGAAUACGAUCAUCGAGGAAGGUGCCGGUGGUGGUGGCGGUGGGACGUACGUGUUUCUGCUGAACUCAGCCAAUACGGCGGUUCCGUUGUUGGUGGCCGGUGGUGGUGGAGGACUUGGCGUUGGCCGAUACCUGGACGAGGAUGUGCAGCAUGGAAAGAAGUAUUUGUCGCACAAGAAGGACGUAUCCGGAUCGGCCCACGGUGAUCAGACACGCCGUGCUGGGCCUGGUGGUGGCUGGAGAGCACAGGCGGACAUGGGACUCGAUCCACGGUACGGUGCGUCACUGUUGGAAGGUGGCCGCGGUGGUAUCCCGUGCUAUACGCCCCGUGGUAGCCACGGGCAGGGUGGUUUCGGUGGAGGAGGUGGUGGUUGCGAUACGGGAGGCGGUGGUGGAGGAUAUUCGGGUGGUGAUACGAUGAUCAACUCGACCAACGGUGAAGGCGGUUCGUCGUUCUUGGCCUCCAAGCGCAACGUUCCUGAAUUGUCGAUGGAGUACUCCGGGGCAAACAGUGGCCACGGUGCGGUGUUGAUUAUACCCGCGAUACAGGGUUGUGGAUGUGAUUAUCGUUGUGUGGCCCUCGAUGAGUACCGGGCGACCGUCGGAUGUAUCUGUCCGGAUGGUUGGGCCCUCAAACCGGACAACUAUACUGCGUGCGAAUUGCCCACGGAAACGGUCGAGAUGCAGUACCUGAUAGCGUUCUUUGUCGCGAUCGUGGUCGUCCUUUGUCUUGCCCUCGGCAGUCUUAUCUUCAUUCUUUAUAAUCGGUAUCAACGUAAGCGCCAGGCGGCCCUACGCCACAAGAUGCUGCUGGAGCAGGAUCUGCAGCUGAGCCGGCUGCGCAGUACCGCCGACGAUUCGGCGCUGACCAACUUCAAUCCGAACUAUGGUUGUGAUGGCAUCCUGAACGGUAACGUCGAUGUCAAGAGCCUGCCACAGGUGGCACGCGAGAGCCUGCGUCUAGUGAAAGCCCUGGGACAGGGUGCCUUCGGUGAGGUAUACCAAGGCCUGUACCGCCACCGGGACGGUGAUGCGGUCGAGAUGCCGGUGGCCGUAAAGACGCUCCCCGAAAUGUCCACCGGCCAGGCCGAAUCGGACUUCCUGAUGGAGGCUGCCAUUAUGGCGAAGUUUAAUCACCCGAACAUUGUCCAUCUGAUCGGUGUCUGCUUCGACCGGCAUCCGAGGUUCAUCGUACUGGAACUGUUGGCCGGUGGUGAUCUGAAAAAUUUCCUCCGAGAAGGACGCAAUAAACCGGAACGCCCCUCACCGCUAACGAUGAAGGAUCUGAUCUUUUGCGCCCUGGACGUGGCCAAGGGUUGCCGGUACAUGGAGAGCAAACGGUUCAUCCACCGGGACAUUGCCGCGCGCAACUGCCUGCUAAGCAGCAAAGGACCGGGCCGGGUGGUCAAGAUUGCUGACUUUGGUAUGGCACGGGACAUUUACCGGUCGGAUUACUACCGGAAAGGUGGCAAAGCGAUGCUACCGAUCAAAUGGAUGCCACCGGAAGCGUUCCUCGAUGGGAUUUUCACCUCGAAAACGGACGUCUGGUCAUUCGGGGUGCUCCUGUGGGAGGUGUUUAGCCUGGGGUUGAUGCCCUACACCGGCCUGCCGAACCGUGACGUCAUGCAGCUUGUGACGGGCGGUGGACGGCUGGAUGCCCCGCAGGGUUGCCCGAUGGCCGUGUACCGCAUCAUGGCGGACUGUUGGAAUCCAACGCCCGAAGAGCGACCGACGUUCUCGAAUCUGCUCGAACGGCUCACGACCUGCACGCAGGAUCCGGAGGUGAUGAACGCCCCGUUACCGAGCUUCUUCCGGCCACCGUCGAACGAGCGGGACACGACGAUCAUGCGUCCACCCGGGAACGAUGAUUUCUGUCUUCAGGUGCCGAAUUCCUCCGACUAUCUGAUCCCACUGCCCGGUCCUCGGUCCGUUGCGGAGCGGUUACUGAGCGAGGCGACCGGUGUCACCAUCCCAGACUCCCUGCUAACCUGUACCCCACCCAAGACGGCCUCACCGAGGAUGCUUAACGGUACGAUCGUCACCGGGAACCACACUGGACCACCAUUACCACCCCAGCAGGGUCAGAUAAUGAACGCCGACAACGGGACCUGCUGGGAAACGUCCUUCAUCCGGCAGCACCCCGGAGGGCAGGUGUGUUCCGUGGCUUCUACCGUGGCCCUUCCACCGCCACCAGUGCCAGGAAUGACGGAUUCCAUGGGCCCUGGAUGCGCCGGAACGGCCCAAGGGGUGUGCGAUUCGUUACCGACGGCCAUCUCUCAGCUUCCUCCCGUAAUGCCCGAGGUAGCCGAUAAGCUGAUCUCACUCGAUACCCCCCAACAAACGCCGACCGCAAUACAACCGCCAAUCUCGUUCGGUAAUCCGAUCGUUGAACCAUCACUCCCGAACGGACUGCCACCGGGUGCCAAUGGACUUUCGAAUGGGAAUACGGGACACAAUGGGCACGGGCCGACGGCGAUGGAGUCACCGAUCGAAACCGCGAAACUGCUCAGCAGCAUACCACCACCGAUCACACUCGAUCCGGCCGCACUCAGUAUGCAGCAGAACCACGUCGGUGGAACAUCGUACGCCAACAUCCGCAUGAUGAACAGUGCCAAUGGGAAUGGUGUGAACAAUGGCAACAGCAGCAGCGCCACCAAUGGCCACAACAACCACAACAACCAUAACAACAACAAUCAUGUGGAUCAUGGCGUCCUGAUGGAUAAGCUGGCGUACAGCAACGGACCGACGUGUAACGGGGGCACUGUGGGCAGCGGUAAUGGUGGUGGUGGUGGUAAUGGGGCUGCUGUCAUUGGCCACAACUCGAACGGCCACCACGGCCAUCAUACCGGUGGCAAUGGUGGUGGUGCGAAUGGAAUUGACAAAAGCUCGACGAUCGGUGGCCAGGAUCCGUCCCGGACGGCGGCACCCUUUACGAUCCAGACGUUCAGCGAGCGGUACAUCAGCCCCGAGAACCACUCGGAGAUCAGCUGUUAAUCGGUGCGAGAGUUUUUAUAGAAUGCCAGAGACCGAUCAUCGAUGGGGAUCGAACGGAAGUGGUUCGACGAUACUAUUUUUGGAUCUUUUGUACUUGUUAGUCAAUAUGGUAUAUUCGGAGUGUGCCCGUCGUCGUCGUCGUCGCCGUCGGAAUGGAAGGUACGGAAUUUGGAGACUACAGCAACAAACAAAUUAUUACAUUGGUCCGGCCACACCGUUGGCCGUUGACUAAUUUGACAAAGUAUUUCGUAACGAAAGUCAAUACUAUCAUAACCACCAUACACACAAACAAAACACACAGUCACAUAUAUAUAAAACACAGAAGACACAAAGAGAGAUAUAAGAAUAGUAAAAAUCUAAGUGUAAAGUGGUCCGGUGCAUUGGCACUCCCGUAAAUGUAAAUAGCACAAUCUAAUAGAUCUCGCGGGUGUGUUGGAACAAGGCAAACACGGGGGGAAGACGAGGGGAAAGAAUCGGAAUAUCGCACACCCCAUUGCUGCUACAGCAAAGCAAAGGCAACAGCGAAAUAUAGAAAUUCAUAAAGAACCCAAGGUUCACUGAAGGAUCUGACCUUUCACAAGACAACUGGACCUAUUAUAAAGAGCAAACCGCACAUUGGUCUCAUUAGACUCUCGUGCUGCCAUCACUAAAUGGCCGGCAUUUUAUUGCAUUUCGAUUUCUGCUUCCGAGCAGCUUCCGAGCCGCUUCCGAGAGAGGAUUACGGUUCUCCGGUGCGCGUCCUUGACUCGCUUGGCUCAUGUUUAUGCAUAUGGUCACACUCCAAGGCAACACUUUGCAAACAUUUGCUCAACUCCUUCACCCUCACCGACCCAAACGAAGCCCGAGAAGAAAUCGAAGGGCGAAGAAACGAAAAUGAUGUUACAAUAAAGCGCGAGCGCGCGCAUGCGAUUCGCCUAUUAUUACGUUUAAGCAGUGUUUGUGGUUGUGAUAAUUUGGCCAAACUAAUAAGCUAAUUAGGACGGAAUCACCCUUGUCUUUGGUUGUUUGUUGUGCGAAACAGUACGCGCGAAGAUGUGUGUUGAUUAAUCUGAUGUUGUUGUGUCCUGUGCUGUGCGCGAGUUUCGCUGGACCAUUAGAGGUCUUUGUAUUAGAAGAAGAGAGAGCGAAAGAGAGUGAGGUGCAGGAAGAGAACGCACAGCACAAGCAUUGUACCAGGGUUAGUGAAAAACGGAUGUGGAAUGCACCAAUUAAAAUGGAUACACACGCGCCGGAAGGAGUACAGGAGAUGAAAUUGUUAAACAAAUUACUGUUUGUAAUCCAGAAAGAUGUAGAUGUUUGUUUAACGGCACACUGGCUGGUGGUGUGAAUCAUGAGUUGAUUAAUCGUUUAGGUAUCUUUCUCGCUCUCUCUCUCUCUCUCUGUGGCACAGAAAAAUAAAAACAAGAACACCGCAGUGUCUCCUCCUAAUCCAGCUUCAUUUAUGUUGCAGCACUCAUUCCUGGUGGUGGUGGGUGGCCUUUUUUAAAAAAGAAACGAAGUAAUGCAGAAACUAGAUGUCAUGGUAAGGUGGUGUCUGUCUCUGUGUGUGCGUGUCUGUGUCUGUUGCAGCAAAAAAGCAACAAAUUAAAUAACUUUACUACGAUAAGAAGCACGUCGUAACAAAGCAGCCGGUGAGCUGUGUAUGUCGAUGCAUGAACAAGGAACUGGAAUUCUCUGAUGCCAAAAUAAUGAAAAAGGUGCAAGGAGGGAAGCGCAUCCUAAACCUUACCAGCAGAACUUAACGAAACAAAGUAAGCUAAUCGCGCCGCGCGCAGAUGCCCAAAAGCAAAUCCAAACCAAACCACACCAUUGUACACAUGUGAACGUUUGACGAUUGAUUUUGAUAGAAUUGUACAGGAUAAUCAGUUUGUAAAACCCGACAGCCGGCGGGGCGAGGAGUCUGACACCCGCCUAGUAAUGUCUAGACGGUGUCCCUCCCGGCCCCUGGUGCAUUGGGGUAGUAAUAGCAUAGUAGUAGCAGUGGUCAGAGUGCAUUCUACACGACACGGAGUCAAGGUCGAGGUUAAGGAGGUAACACACCAGUACACGCGGUUGCGGCAGCAUUGACCCUGUGUAUGUCUCCUGUCGUGUGUAUGUUUAGUGUUAUUGUAGACCCAUAUUAGCUACGUAAGAUGAUGUUUGCCAGGCAGCAUACCAUGUCCUUUGUCCACGGUAAGGUUGCGCAGCGCAGAUGGAGUGCCAUCGGGGACGGAAAACAAAAAUGGAACAAAACACAGAAGAAAACCCAUAUGGAUGUGAUUAGUAUUAUUCAAUAAAACAAACUUUGUAUUGUUGGAUCCCGUAGGGAAAUAAUUCCACAAAAACACACAGAAAAAAGAGGAAUUGAGAGCGAGAGAGAGAGAGAGAGAGCUGGAAGCUCCCGAUUAGAUGGAAAAGGAUAAAAUUCGUACAACGACGACGCAGUGUAAGAGGACAAAAUUAUAUAAAGAAAAAAGAAAAACCAACCUCACCAAAACCAGGAGCCAUUGGAGGCCAAUUCACGCACGAUAUGUGUCGGUGAUUGAGUGUUGGCCCCAUCCGUGUAUGUGUGUCUGUGUGUAUGUACGUAUGUGAAAAUGCUUUAGAAAUUGAGAGCGCUUUUUUCGUAUUCAUACACAGAUUAGCGGACAUAGAUAUGAUGCAUUAUACAUAAAAAAUAUACCACAACCCACAUCUCCCAACCACCCCUAAUUCCCCUUUCCCACAUACACAUUAAAGGAUAUACACAGACACCGAACAUGCCCGAUAAAUAUACACGAUAUGCGCAUCACUUUGUAGUGUGCCCUAGGUCCUCGAUGGUAGAGGGAGAGAGCAGCUACCGGGAAGUGCAGAUAGUAUUGCGCGCAAGGAUUAUCCCAAAAAAAUUUGUUCCACAACAAUUGGUUUCAUGUUAACUAGUGGCAGUUUGUUUUGUGCUGUAGCGAAGGGCGCACUGUUUGCGAGGGAGAUAAAAAGAGGAAUACAAAGAAAUACACACCCACAGAUACACCCGCAGCAAACAAAUGGCGUGGGUUAAGCGUGCGCUCUGUAUAGUAAAAUUUAUCGACGUGAUAAAAAAUUAGUAAUGGGGAGGUACUUCCCCGCGGGUUUUCGGUUCCCCGUGCCCAUUCCGGAUAAAAAGGACGCCCCAUCCAAGCCGGAGCCAACACUGGAGCGUGCUGUGGUUGCGGUUUUUGAUAAAGAGAUGAUGCAUGCAUGCGAAAGGGGAUUGAGGCGUCGGCAAUGGCAUCGAAGGAAGCACCGGAAGGUUCCUUGACAACAAGCAUGGAAGCAAGCAAGCAAGCAAGGAGUCUGAGAAUGUGGUGUCGAGAAGAAAGUCUAGCUGAACGUACAUACAUACAUACAACACGUACAUAUGUAUGCCUGUGUGCAUUGAAAACACACCCAUAUUUAUAUAUUUACACAAAUAAGAAGGCAACCAAUACGGGAAACGUGUUUUAGAAAGCGGAUAAAAGAGAGACAGACACAGUUGGACAUAAACGGAACUGAGAAGCGGCGGAACGGUAUAUGUGGAUAGACAGAAAGCGGGCAGAAAGUGCAUAAAGCGCUGGUAGAAGAAGAAAAACGAUGCAAAACAGGCAUGCGAAAACACAGACAACACAACCGAAAACACUAACAAGGUAUCCUAAACGAUAGAGCCAACGUGCGCCAUUGAGAAUUGAAAAACCAGUUGUUGCACCAGCAGCAACGAGAACCGUUUGGAAGGAGAACAAGAUUUAGCUACGUAAGAUAUAAGGCAAAACUAACCUUUCGUGUAACCAACCAACCAACCAAGCAAACAAGUGUCCACCCGCGCCCACCUUCCUUCUCCGUAAGCAAAAAAGAAGAAGAACAACAACAACAACAGCAAAAAGAACAACAAAAUACGCGAGUGAAGCGGGCGGGGUGUGGAGUAGAGACUGUUAAAACAAAACCGAAAUAAAGUAAUAAAAUAAAACCUAAGAUGGA